AUGACGAAGUUCGAUGCUUUACCAGGAUACUACAAAUUUAUUUUCCUGUACUUUGAACCCAUCUCCGAGAUUGGCCCAUUUGUUACAUCGUUCAUGUGGGGACCGAGCUGGUUUUAUAACGAGCUAGUACCGCCCACUGGCCCUCCACCGGACUCCAUGGACCCAAGAGCAACCAUUGCUGUUUGGCAACUCACUAUUUGUUAUCUCCUUAUGUGUAUUAUGACUUCCCUCGGAUAUCGGGCGGUGCGCGACACCUUAAGCAACAAUCCUGCCGGUCAAGAAAAGCUGAUGGGCGUUUUUCUUGGGUCGCUGGCUCUUGCAGACGUAACUCAGUAA